AUGUCACGAUCCUGCCGUCGACCUGCCGGGAUAAGUGCAGACCUUGUCGUUUGUGAACUAGUUUCCUUUUCCCGUGGUCGCUGCCCACCAUAUACAGCUGUAUCCUACGCUUGGGGCAAAAGCACAACAAGCUCCCGACUGGCAAUUGGAGGCCAGAUAUACGAAGUUAGCUGUACGGUCGAGCAAGUCCUCCGGCAACUCCUGGUUGAGGAUACCGACACGUUCGCCUGGGUGGAUCAGGUGUGCAUCAACCAACAAGACAACGCCGAGAAGAGCGACCAAGUGCAGCAGAUGAAAAGUAUUUACAGCGAAGCAAGGCUUGUCAUAGCUUGGCUUGGACCUGCCGCAGACGAUAGCGAUAUGCUUCUGAAACACAUCGAGAAAAUCGGGGAGGCAAUUUGGGCAGACGAUCACGGCAGCAUUCUCGCUGCUCAUUCGAAUAAAGAAGGGUUACAAGCCAUCAGCCGUGCUUUUCGUUCUCUCUGCGAACGGGAAUACUGGAAGAGACUCUGGAUCAUUCAAGAGUUCGCUGUCGGCAGUAGCCUGCGUAUUGCAUGUGGUGAGAUGAUGAUAUGGGAUUGGAAUCUCCAAGCAUUACUCGCCUAUAUUAAUCAGCUCUUAGAGGGUCAUCAUACAAGAUCCCGGGGAAAGACUAGUAAUGUUCUCGACGACAGUAUGCCUCGUACCUAUUUGACGUCAGCGACGAGCUUUAUGGAAGGCGUCGUAACCAGGCGGUGCCGAUACUGGGCGCGUCAAGAUGGAGACAUCGACAGCGACACUCUCUUUUGCGUGCUAGUUACUACACUAGUCCUAGAGCACGACUACAAUCAUCCCCAAGCAACCAACCCGCUGGACAGAGUAUUCUCAAUUCUGCAUCUAGCCCAGGACGCCGUUGAAUUCGUUAACAUAGUAGACUACUCCCGGUCGUGCGAAGAGAUAUAUCGCGAAGUUGCGCUGGUCAUUUUGAAACAAGGACAUAUUGACCUUCUCGCAUACUGUCAAUUCCCAAAGCUGUCGCUUGACAUGCCAACAUGGACUCCGGAUUGGCGUAUUCAGAUACGUUCGCCUUGUACUGGGCCUCCGUGGUCGAAUAGCUUUUUGCGCAUCUGCAAGCAUGGCUUCCCAACAAUGCGUAACGUCGCUCGAUGA